UUCAUUUUUCCUUCCGCGUUUUUUUCGAAUCGAAAUGAAACCAUUUUGUUAAUUCAAAUUGGCCUUUAUUCCUCGUUAUCUUAUUUUAUUAAUUCCAAUUUAUUUUUUUGCAAUGGACGGACGCGGCAAUAAGGACGCAGCAAACUUUUUUAACAGAAUAAAAAAUGUCGAGGUGCUAAAGUCGCCAUACCCUCGCCACCUGGGGCAGCCCAGUCGUGGCUCAGGUCUGACCUCCUCAAGCACACGGCCUAUUAUGACUGGAAAUGCCAUCAGCGGCGCACCACCUGGGUCAAUGCGCCCAAUCUCCACACACAACGCGCCAACAUGGCACCACCCCAUUCCGCGACAUGGUGAAAAUGCCGUGUCGCCCGCCGGUAUUUCCAGACGUAUUAAUGGUGGUCCUGUUUUUGACCAUAAGAUGUCUGUGUCUCACCGCUCGCCGUCAAAAUACCCGGUAUCUGUACAGCCGAUUCGGACGCGCCCACACUCGCUGCCAGAUCAGCGGUUUAUCCCCGGAAGCACCCUGCCAGCACAUGUCCUUGCUGCCAACACAACACAGUGCCAUAUUAAUAGCUGGUCUGCUUACCUGGACUCGGCUAGGGGAACUGUCAGCGUUCACGGGAAGAUCAUGAGGGCUGAUGGGCGCCAGGCAGUUCGGCGCAGCUCUGCCAUUAUAAGGGUGGUAGAUGGCCGCACGUUGCUGACCAACAAGGGUACCUAUUACAUGUUGGUCGGUCCUGCAGACAUCGAGGCUAUGCGGUUAAACGGGUUUCCAGAGCACCUUAUUCCAUAUUUUGCCGAGGGGUUUCCUCAAAACUGGAGGCAGCUCAUUGAAGCGGAUUUUGGCAGAAAGUCCCCUGGCGCGCAUUACGAGGCGCCACCAGUCUCCGCCCCGAGGACAAGCAUUGCUUCGAAGCAGAGCCCGACACCCUUGAGGCGUGAAGAGUCAACCGAGGACUAUGGUGGAUUUGAGAGCUUGCCCUCGUCGGUGCUCAGCGAUAAAACAUACGCACAACAGACUAUUUUUUCCAGGUCGCCAGCAGCGGCUAAUGCAGAAGCUAAGUCACGCAAGGCCUCUUCGGUCUACACCAGCGGCGCCAGCUUGUUUGCUCGUGGCGGGUUCGGAAGAUCUGUGCCUCAGAAAAACAAUCAGCCAAGUGCCGAAAAACAAGCAGAGCUUGUGCUUGAAGAGUCGCAUUCGUUCGAGGACGGUGGUAUUGACAGGAUAACGGAGUGUGACGAAGAACAGACCUCGAGGGCUGACACCGGGUGCGAAGAUGCAGCAGUUACCGCCGAUGAAGGUCAAAAUAGUCCCAUACCACAGUCAAGCUGUACAACGGGCCUCGAUUCUGAGGACCUACAUGACUCACCGGAGUUGGUUGCACGUCGGCCGGCACUAUUAGAGUCAAUCGAGGAAAAUGACAUAGAAAAGUUGGACAAGAUGUUUGAAAAUGCCAGUAAGCGUUUAGUCCCAGCACGAUCAAAGCCGGCUGCGUCUUCUGACAAGAGAAAUGUGCCAAAGAGAAUUAUCGAUAGCUCCGACGAGUCAUCCCAGCCAUCGCUGACUUUAAAGCCGAAUUUAGACUCGACCUCAAAAAAGGAGAGCAAUGUGUUUAUGGACACCCCGACGAAACAAUCCCGGCGUAAGGCCACGCCGACAACGCCGACAACCAGAUCUUCGGCUAAUCGCGCGCCAAUAACGCCUAAGGCGUCUUUGCCAUCGGGCCAAGCGGGCACUCCCACAUCAACGCCUCGCAAAAGACCCGCCACAAAGCCUGUCUCUACAAGGUCCAAGGCAGCUCAGGAAAGUGCGGUCUCAGCGGUAUCGGCCGCUGAAUCGGAUGAUUUCCCGCAGGAUCUGCCUCUGGAUCUAAAUUCUGACUCUGAACCAGACAAGGAAUUAGGCGACAGACCAGUGGAUACGCCCAGUUCAAGCACCGUCACGCCCAAGCGAAGAGUUGUCAAGUCGUUCUUUAGGUACACAGAGCCCAAACCUUUCUCUACAUCUGUCACUCGUUCAGGGCGCAAGGUGCGCAGACCGCAGGAUUGGUGGGCCAACGCACAGGGACAUCUCGAUGAGAGCGGCAUCAGUAACCAUGCGGAGCCGAGUAUUAAGUUCAAGUGGGGAUCGGGCGAGGCAGUGGUCGUCAAGGAUGGCAAGCGGGUGCGACUGUCUGACUACUAUCUACAGGGUGGCGACGACAAGCCGCUGUUUGUUGCUGGUAAUGAAUAUGACCAGGAAGCACAUUCAUCUUGAGCACUUGGCGAGAGAGCAUAAUUAAAAUUUUUAAAAUAUAUUUGGUGCUCGCAAAAUUUACUCAUAAAA